AUGCACAUCCAGCAUCGCGCCGACUCUGCAACUCCGCCCGGUCCACAGCCCGAGUGCUCGCGGCGCCCGCGACGCUUCGCCGCGCGCCGCAUCGGCGACGGUGAUCCAAUCCGUCCGGUCACCGCGCGGACCGAUCCCUCGACCGCGGCAUCUCAAUCUCACACAGAUCCCACCCCCUCUCUUCUCCCCAAAAUCACCCCCCAACCCCCUCUAUCUCUCUAUCUCUCUUCCCUAAAAUACCCUAUUGUAAAUAAUCUACUUUUUGUCGUGUGA